CAGUCGAUUAAUUAUCCCAGCUACAUCCAUGACAAUAUAUACGGCAUUAAAUAGAAGUUUGAUGGUGUAACACUCUCAUAAGUGGUUAAUAUGGGUUAAUAUCUUAAUAUCACCUACCAAUAUUGACUACAGUGAGUUAAUGGAAGAGAGCAAAUGCAAUCGAUCCCCACUGCAGAACGCCCAGGUCAAUAGUUUCGCUGCAGCUGCAUCCACGCGCAUCCAGACUCCAUUCACAUGUAUUUAACUCGGCACUCCCAGCCCAACAACUGUCCUUCCUCCAACAUCCCCAGACCCCAACACCUUCCACACCGGAACCACCAGCAAACAUGGCAAAAAAGACCGUCCUCAUCACCGGCUGCAGCGAGGGUGGAAUCGGCGCAGCUCUGGCCCUCGCCUUUCACGAACGAAACUGCCAUGUAUUCGCCACACUUCGCAAUCCCGCCAAAGCCGGUGACCUAGCGAGAGACGGGAUCGAGAUUCUCACUCUGGAGGUGACAUCGCCAGAAUCAAUCGCCAAGUGCAUGGAGGUGGUGAAGGAGCGGACGGGCGGCAAGCUGGAUAUACUGGUGAACAACGCUGGUGUCCCGUUCUUGAUGCCGCUGCUGGAUGUGCCGAUUGACGAGGCCAAGAAGAUCUACGAUACGAAUAUCUGGGGGAUGUUGGGUGUUACGCAGGCUUUUGCUCCGCUGUUGAUCGAGGCCAAGGGUGUUGUUCUGAAUAUCUGCUCGGUUGCGGGUGUAAUCCCACUGGCAUGGCAGGGAAUCUACCACAGCUCGAAAGCCGCCCAAACCAGUAUGUCGGAAACACUCCGGAUCGAACUCGAGCCGCUCGGUGUGCGCGUCGUCACAGGCAUGGUUGGCGAAGUCCGAUCCCAAAUCUACUCCAAACCGACCUUUGCGCUUCCGUCCAACUCGCAGUACAAAUCAGCUGGGGAUGCCAUCGCCAAUCAUGUAACUGGCGUUCAUGCACAGUUUGAAGAGCGAGAUAUCACUGCGCGCAAUCUGGUUGAGGACGUGCUGGGUGGACAAACCGGGCAGGUGUGGAGGGGAGGAAGGGCGGGGACAGUCAAGUAUACGACGUGGCUGUUGCCCAAGUGGUUUGUGGAGUAUGUGUCGCAUCGUGGACGGGGAGUCGAUCAAGUCAAGCCGUGAGAAGAGUGUAUAUAGACUGGCGGAAGCGACGGAAGCCAAAUUAAUUAAUCGUAAUAGUAAUGAUAAUCACCGAAAAGGAAUAUGCUGACAUGCAUAUCACUCGGGCAUCAUCGGGCUGACUUGCUGACAAGGAUCAUCAACAUAUUUAAACCUGUACGUCCACCGAAC